AUGGAGAUCCCUGACAUUCCCGACAAUCGUCCACACAAGUCACCUUCGGUGCUGUCGUACUCACCGACCAUUGUCCUUGAUGGCGCGACAGACUAUGGGUUUGAAUCGCAACCCAAGGACAGCGACUACCAGGACAUGCGAAAAGCUCCGCCGGUAGAUACGCCGCAAGACAUGCGCCAGGAAGUUACCCAAGAUCUCAGUACGCCAGAGCCACAAGAAAAGCCGAAGGAACUGAACGCAAUGCCGAAUGGCACAGAACAUCUUCCUCCCCCACCUAGCAGCGACGGCGACGUCGACGAGCUUCGUCCCAAGUCAUCGCUCAAAACCCUUCGCCGAAAUUUCGCACUAAAUGAGCUCCCACUGCUCCAAGCGACGAACCCAUACGAUGGUUCUGAGCAAUUCAAUCCGGUCAACGAGGAGGAUGGCGACACAUUCGACUUGGUUGCUCCAUGGGAGGGCGAUGCGGCCCCACUGCACUCUCUUGAGCGCCAAGCGGAUACGAUGUUUUCGCCCGACCAUAUGCUAACCAUCUUGCGAAAUCCGCGCUAUUUGGCGCGCUUUCGGAAUUUCCUGGUCUCGGAGCGCCCGAGGUCUAUUCCCACAUUGACAUAUUAUCUUAAUGCCUGCAAGGCGCUGAAAGCAAUCCAAUAUGCAAAUUCCCUUGUACGAUUGUCGGUAGAUGUGCCGACGGCCGGGAUUGAGCAGGCUCAAGAACCCGUUGGCCUAACUACAAACACAGCACUCGAAGCCCGUGUUCAGGAUGCACUGAAUGCUCUGACUGCAGAGGAGCUUCCCGCAUUCAUCACAGCGACAUGUAUCAACAUCACGAGCAAAGUUGUCGAGGAACGCGUGCGAGGAACCCUGCCAGACAAGUUCCAGGGAACAUCAGACGCCCUGGCGGAAGUAUUCUGUUUGACAGACCCCUCGCGCCCCGAUAACCCAAUUAUCUUUGCAUCGGGAGAAUUCCACCGCACUACGCAAUACGGCAUGGACUACGUCCUUGGACGAAACUGCCGCUUCUUGCAAGGCCCCAAGACAAACCCUAACAGUGUCCGACGCAUUCGCGAAGGCAUCCAGUCAGGUCGACAUCACUCAGAGUUGUUCCUUAAUUACCGCCGCGAUGGCUCUCCAUUCAUGAAUCUGCUUCAAUGCGCACCGCUUUGCGACAGCCAAGGAAAAAUUCGGUAUUUCAUUGGAGCUCAAAUUGACGUUUCAGGCUUAGCGAUGGAGGGCGCGCAAAUGGAAUCUCUCCAAGAUUUGCAGGACCGAAAAACUUCAGAAGAGGAAGAGGAAGAGAAAGAGGAAGAAGCUUCCCAGCAAGAUGAUGUAUCGCACCUCAAACCUAAGCCAAAAAGCGAAUUCCAAGAACUGGGUGAACUGUUCAGUCCCCGGGAGCUGCAGAAUGUGCACAAUUACGGAGGCAAUCUGUUCCACCCUGUGGCCGACCGACUCAACCCAAAGAAUAGCCGCCUGUGGAUCCAAAGCCCUGAGGGCGAGAGCGAGUCUCGGUUAGGGGUCCCAUCAUCUGUUUCCAAUGGCGGAGGCUCUUUGACUGGUGUCUACAAACAUUACCUUCUUGUCCGACCAUACCCAUCACUCCGCAUUCUCUUUACAUCGCCCUCCCUUCAAAUCCCCGGUAUGCUUCAAUCGUCAUUCCUAUCCCGUAUUGGCGACUCGGGACCCAAGCGUGAUAGCAUUCUACAUGCCAUGAUGGCCGGACGCAGUGUCACAGCUCGGAUUAAGUGGGUAAACCGCUUCAGUGAUCAUGGUCGGCAUCGCUGGAUCCAUUGUACGCCGUUGCUGGCGAAUAAUGGAGAAGUGGGAGUUUGGAUGGUGGUGGUUAUCGAUGAUGAAGAUGAAAGUAUGGUACGGUGGAGUGGAAAUUGGCCGAGUGCCUAG